AUGCUCGUUCGUAGUGAAACCCGCCUCGACGACAAGAGACGAACCAACCGAUCAGUGCCGGACACGAGUCAGAAGCAACCGGCCGCCGUCGCGUCUCACUCGUCCCACGGCAGCUCAUCCGACACGCUGAGGAAAUCGAGUGAGGACUUUUCACGAAAACACUUAUCAGACCUAAUCGAAGACGAAGAAGACGAGGUAACCAGCAGUCUACCAGAUAAACACCGCACGUUUAGAAAGGCAUCUACCGCUAGCAGCACAUUCAGCGGCACAUCGAUGGACGCUCUCUGGGAGAAGCACCCGCGUCGCCUCAGCGAGGCUGGCCUUAGGAGGUCCUCAGAUCACAGCGUCAUAUUAACUGAAGACACUGAUAGUUUUAUAAUCGGCGAGCGAGUCUGGGUAGGUGGUACCAAGCCUGGUCAAAUCGCGUAUAUCGGUGAGACUCAAUUCGCUCCUGGGGAUUGGGCCGGUAUCGUUCUCGACGAUCCAAUCGGCAAAAAUGACGGCUCAGUUGCGGGUGUCCGUUAUUUCCAAUGUCCUGAAAAGCGUGGCGUUUUCUCUCGUCUGACACGUUUGACCCGAACACCGCUUGUAACUCAUGGCCCACAUGACGCAUCGCCGAUCUCUGAUGCCGGAAGCGUCUUCGAACGACCACCGUCUGGUGCCGCUAGACCCAGGCGUACACUCUCUCCCAAUGGAAGCGUACGCAGUGUCGUUAGCAGUAAAAUGAAUGCUUCGAUUUCGACCACGACCAACGGAGAACUCCGCCUGGGUGAUCGUGUUAUAGUGUCGAGCAGCCGAGGCAGUAAAGCUGGCGCUUUACGAUACGUCGGUGUAACUGAAUUCGCGUCUGGUGUGUGGGCAGGCGUUGAACUCGAUGAUCCUCUAGGAAAGAAUGAUGGUUCGGUUGAUGGCAAGAGGUACUUCGAGUGCGCGCCGCGCUUCGGGUUGUUCGCGCCGAUCGCGAAGGUGUCCAAGUCGCCGUCGAACCGGAAGCCGGGCGCGUGCGCGAUCCACAGCAACGGGCGCGCGACGCCCGUGAGGCGCUCCAACUCGCGGGAGUCGCUGACGUCGCUCGGCACCUCGGUGGCGUCGUCGCGCGUGGGGCCGCACCGCUCCGCGCCCAACCUCCACGACAAGACCCUGCUCGUGAAGCACGUGGAGCGCGACCGCUGCGCCGUGAUCGCUGUUCCCACGCCGCGCGUCUACUACGACCUGGUAUUCCGCUCCGAGCCCAAGUGCAACGAACUCAGGGCCCGCAGGUGGUCCAGUGACACGCUGCCCAAGUCGUGGCGGUGCUCGGAGAGCGUGUUGAGCUUCGAGCGAUCACGGCGCAGCGAGUCGAGUGGCUCCAGCGGGGUGGCGUCCGCGAGUGAGGUCGUCCGAGUGGGGGGCCGGCCGGCCGCCGUGACGAGGGCCAGCCGCAGGGUCGCCGGCGACCUGUUUGUCGACAUGCCGCCGCCGCGCACUCACUUCUCCGGAUUCGGCAAGAGUUACCAUUUCUCUUGCGUGUCCCCUUUCCAGUUCACCUAUCCCUACGUGCGGGCCGGUCCGAGGGCCUCCUCCACGCCGGUCAGCGCCAAGAACGCGUUGCAGGAGCUAUUGCGCGAGAAGCAACAUCAUCUGGAGCGGUUAAUGCGCGAGCGGGAAUUGGAGCGAGCCGAGAUUGCCAGAGUGUCCCUUCAGGUGGAGAGAGCGGAGAACGCUUUAGAACUAGUUAAAAGGGAAGCCACACAGACAAACACCGAAAAUGCGAAGCUCAAGGUUGAAUUGGACAAGCUCAACAAAAUGCUGGAGGACGAAAGACAGAAGGUCGAAGAUCUCAUGUUCCGUAACGAAGAAGAAAAUAUCAAUAGAGAGGAUUAUAAUAGAUACAAAGAGGCGAUGGAGCAAGAGAAAGCGGCUAGAGAGCAACACAUCAGAGAGCUUGAGGCCGAAAUAGCACUUCAGGCUGCAAGAGCCGAAACUACGGCAGCAGCGCUUAAAGUUUUAGAAGACCAACGCAGUUCUGAAAUUGCCACAAUGGCUGAACAACAUAAAGAAGAAUUGUCAGCCGCGCAUACCUUAUCAUCGGAACUGCAGAAAUUAUUGGAUGAAGCAUAUGCUCUUCUAAAAGAAAAAGAAAAUGAGAAAGAUUCCUUAGGAAAGAGUAUGUCAGAAGAGUUAUCUAGACUUAAAUUAGAUUCAGAAAAGGCGUUAAACGAGGCCAAAACUAAAAUUGCUAUAGCCCAAACAGAAUUUGAAACUCAAGUCUCCGUAUUGACAGCCAAAUUGCAACUAGCCGAAUCCAAACUCGACGCAGAGAAACAGAACGUGGAAAGGCUUAAUAAAGAGAACAGCCAAACAGUGAUUGAUCUCAAUACUAAAAUAAGUCAGCUACAAGCAGCACUUGAUGACAAAGCACUAGAGUUAAAUAAGGUUCUGGGAACGAGCAAAGAACAUGAAGUAAGUCUUAAUAAAGAAAUAACUAAAUUAAAAAUGGAGUUAAGCGCAAGAAUUUUAGACAUUGAACAAUUAGAAGAUUUAAGGAAAAAACAAGAGACUGCAAACAAGAGUUUACAAGAUGCAAUAAGUGAAGUCAAAGAAGAGUUAACAAAUAAAGUGAAUGAGUACGAAAGUUUCUUUGCUGAAACGGCUCAACAAAACGAGAAGAACAGAGCAGAAAUAUUGAAAUUGCAACAAAGUUUACAUUCUAAGACAAAAGACUACGAAAAAUUACUUUCCGAGUCAACUGAAUCGUCUCACGCUAGUGAAAAAUUAAUUAAUGAGUAUAAACAAACACUUCAUGAAAGAGACAAGGAAAUUAUAAAACUUAAAGAUGACUUUGAGCAAACUACAGCUAAUUUUAAUAUUAAACAUAGUAAAAUUGCUGAAGAACAUAAAAAAGAAAUUGAUGACCGAAAUUUAAAAAUAGAACAACUUAUAAAAGAAAUCGAAGGCCAAAAACUUGCUUUAGAUGAAAGCAAAGUUGAACUAGAUACUCUUAACACUAAAUUUACUCUUAACGUUGACGAAUUAAAAGCUUUAAAACAGGAAAAUGAACGUUUAAAACAUUCUCUAGACGAAUUAACCAGAGUCCAUAAUGAAUUGAAAGAAAAGAUGUCUACUAUGGAACUAGAAAUUGGAGAACUGAAGCGCCAAUUAAAUGGCAGCAUUGAAAAAUGUGAAGAGUUACAGACUUCAAAAGAAAAAGUAGAGAAAGAAUAUAUGAGCCUCACAGGACAAACAACAGACUCAAAUGAACAGUUCAAUAAAUUAUCGCAGCACCUAAAAGAUACUGAAAAUGAACUGCAAGAGUUGAGAAAUAAACAUAGGGAAGUUAGUAAUAAUUACGGACGAACAGAACAAGAACUGAAACAAAAACUAUUUAAAUUGCAGGAAGAUUUUUCAGUAGAACGUGGUCAAUUAUUAGAUUCUAUUAACGAAAAUGUUGAAAAAUAUAAAACCGUAGAAAACAAAAUUAAAGAUUUUGAAAUUCACGUAAAUGAAGCAAACAAUCGUAUAAAAGAAAUAGAGAAUCAAAACGAUUCACUGUUAGAUGAAAACUCUAUUCUUAAAAGAGAAAUAGAGAGUCUUAAAAUAAAAGAACAGGAAAUAAAUGUAGAGUAUGAAGCCAUACGUAAAAAGUUAGAAUUGGAAAUUGACAGAUAUAAGGAAGAAGUAUCAAUACUAAAAGCUGAGGGUGCGACAUCAGAGGUGAAAUUAAUGGAGAAAGUCGAUCAACUUACAGAAGCACAAAAUGACUUAAAUAAUAAACUAGAAGAAGCGAGAAAACAUGAAGAUUCCUUACAAAAAAUAUUAGACGACAUGACAGCGCAAAUGAACAAUCAAACAGUUCAGCACCAAAAAGAAAUUCUUCAAGUCCAAGAUCAACUGUCCUCAGUGAAUGACGAAUUAAAUAAAUAUAAGGCGGAGGAACAGAAAAUAAACGAAGUUUUAGAAGAAAAGCAAAAUGUAAUAAAAGAUUUAAGUCUGAAAUUGGAAAUGAUGGAAAUUGAUGUUAAAUCAAAUGUAGAAUUAGUUACCGAAAAAGAACGGCAAUUGGCACAAGUAAAAGAAGAGCUAAGUAAAGUGACAGAAAACAAACAAAAGUUAGAAGAACAACAUAAUAACUUAUCAUUAGAAACAUUGACAAUAAAACAAAAAUAUGAAAAUUUGUUAAGCAAUGCAUCAGCUGAAGAAUCAAUAUUAAAAGAGCAACUAGAUCAAAUGGAGUCAGUAAAAAAAGAAAUAUCGAUAAUUAAUAAUGAAAAAACAAUUUUAGAAUCAAAACUAAAUGAUGCAUCAACUGAGCUCGCCCAAUUAAGAGUCAAAUCGGAGGAUGCUGAAAAUAAGCUAAAAGAAAAUAUGAACAUGACGACAAAUCUGUCGAAGGAAGUUGAGAAAAAAGAAAAAUUAAUUCAGAAUUAUAUUGAACAAAUUAACACUGAUUCGGUAAAAUUCAAAAAGUUAGAAGAAGAAAUAGCUGAUAUAAAAACGAAAUUGAUUAACAAAGAUAAAAUUAUAGAAGAAAACGAAAAACAACUGUUGAAAUUAAAAGAGUCUUUAACAUCAGGUUCUGAUGAAACGCAGCAAGCUUUUAAGGUGCUACAAACGGAAAGUGAACAGUUGAAGGAAAAGCACAAAAGUGAAAUUGAAACACUUACAAAUGAGACAAAAUCGUUAAAAAAUACAAUAUCUGAAAAAGAAAAAGAAAUAGAGACCCUACAAAAAACAGAGGAAAAAAUUAUUGAACUACAACAAUUACUAGAAAAAUCCGAAAGUGAUAUCAGGAAAUUGACAAAUAUCAAUGAAGGACAAAAGUUAAACUACGAAGAUCUGAACAACCAACUUCAAGUGCAGUUCAAUGAAUAUAAAAAGGAGAACAAAAACUUAAGGCACGAAUUAAAUAAUACAGUACAUGAUUACGAGAAACAGCUUCAAGAAACAAAGGACAAACUUAAAGCAGAAAUAGGAAUACAAAAUCAGCUCCAAAGCAAACUUGUGGACUCUGAAAAGAGAAUAUUAGAAUUAUCAGAAAAAUUAGAAUUGAUAACAGUCCAACAGACUAGUGAAGGGAACAAAGACGAAAGAUUAGAAAAGUUGACCAUUGAAUUACAGGCAGCAAGAAAAUUAAGUGCCGAUAGUUUGGCGAAUAGUGAAAUGACAAUAAAUAAUCUUAAAACGGAAAUUGAGAAGAAAAUUAAGAAUUUAAAAGAAAAAGAUGAAACUAUAACAAAGCUGCAGGAAGAUCUGAAGAAUAACAAAAUCAAAGUGGAAAUGGCGGAAAGAGAAAAACUUUUAAUGCAAAAGGAAAUGGCUUUAAUUGGUAAAAACUUAAGAGACAAAAAUGAUAAUGACGCUAUGGGCACUUUGGGACAAGGAGAUACCACGACAAUUCAAGAUGAUAAAGAAACUAUAGACGGCCAAGUCAGUUUCUUGAAUUCGGUAAUCGUUGACAUGCAACGUAAAAACGAGCAGCUAAUGGCUAGAGUCCAAGCACUGGAAGGCGGCACAUCGCCCGACGAACCGCCGCUUUUUAACGGCCGAAAAACGCGAGCGCCGCGGCUCUUCUGCGACAUAUGCGACGUUUUCGACUCACACGACACGGAGGAGUGCCCGCGCCAGGAGGCGGCGACGCCCCCGCCGCCCGCGCGCGCCCCUCCGCCGCCGCGGCCCUACUGCGACAUUUGCGAAGUUUUUGGUCACGCAACGGAAGAUUGUGACGAAGAAGAAACUUUU